UGUCGUUGACUAAAAAUUAUUUGGUAGUUGAUAUGGCGGAGGGCGACUUGAAUGUGGACAGCAUAAUAUCCCGCUUGUUAGAAGCUCGCGGAAGACCAGGAAAGAGUGUUCAACUAGCAGAAUCGGAAGUCCGUGGACUGUGUCUUAGAUCCAGGGAAAUCUUUUUGAACCAACCCAUUUUGCUGGAGUUGGAAGCUCCUCUCAAAAUAUGCGGUGACAUUCAUGGACAAUACACAGAUCUUUUAAGAUUAUUUGAAUAUGGAGGCUUUCCUCCUGAGGCAAACUACCUGUUUUUGGGUGAUUAUGUGGACAGAGGAAAACAGUCUUUGGAAACCAUCUGUCUGUUGUUAGCCUAUAAGAUCAAAUAUCCAGAAAACUUCUUUCUGUUGCGAGGAAACCAUGAAUGUGCUAGCAUUAACAGAAUAUACGGCUUCUAUGAUGAAUGCAAAAGGCGGUAUAACAUCAAGCUGUGGAAAACCUUCACCGACUGUUUUAACUGUUUACCAAUCGCUGCUAUAGUGGAUGAAAAGAUCUUUUGCUGCCAUGGGGGUCUCUCACCAGAUUUACAGUCUAUGGAACAGAUUAGAAGAAUCAUGAGGCCCACAGAUGUUCCAGACACUGGUCUUCUUUGUGACUUACUUUGGUCAGACCCAGACAAAGACACAAAUGGCUGGGGUGAAAAUGAUAGAGGAGUUUCCUUUACAUUUGGAGCUGAUGUAGUGAGCAAAUUCUUAAACCGUCAUGACUUAGAUCUCAUAUGCAGAGCUCAUCAGGUUGUGGAAGAUGGCUAUGAAUUUUUUGCCAAAAGACAGCUAGUUACGUUGUUCUCAGCACCCAAUUACUGUGGAGAAUUUGAUAAUGCAGGUGGAAUGAUGAGUGUGGAUGAAACCCUGAUGUGUUCUUUCCAGAUUUUGAAGCCAUCAGAAAAGAAAGCCAAGUACCAGUAUGGUGGAUUAAACUCUGGCCGACCUGUCACACCUCCAAGAGGUCCACCAAAAACAAAAGGAAAGAAAUAGGCUUGAGAUUUAGUUGGCAAGCCUUGCUUCUUCUACUGAAAGGACUCUAAACUUGUUGUUUGUGAUACAAGUUAUCAAAUCCUCCUCAAUACUGAGAUAGUUUUGUUUAUUUUUGGCAAAAAGUCAACUCCUCCUAUUGGUGUCGUAGAUACCAUGUUUACUGCAGUUUCUCAGAAUGGAAUGGUCUGUAGAUCAUUCACAAGUUAUUUGUGAUAAAAUUAUUUUAGCUUACCUUAAACAGAGUACAUUUGCCAGACAAUUGGUUUAUCCUUUUACUUAUUUAUCUGAAGUUCAGUUUGUCGUGUGUUUGUGUGUUUUGUCUGGCAUUAAAAUGUUUUAUAAUUGAUUGAGAAAAGUGAAGCUUCUUGGCCAAGGUUCAGGAAUUUUUAAAGUUAAACAGUGCACUUAGCACACUUAGCAGUUUCUUCACAAAGUCAGUGGUAGAUGAAAUUGAGUUAAAACUGAAAGAUAGCUUUGAGUGUGAUGUUCAUGAUAAUGAUGUGGAAAGAUAACCAGCCAUUUCUAAGCCCUCUGCCUUAAAUUUAUUGGCUGCUUAUCUAUUCACUUUUAGUCAGAGUUCUGGAAGGUUUUUUCUUUCCUAGAAGUUACAAUUUCAGUUUGUAGUUAUUUUUGAUCACAGUACAAAUUAGAUGUUGCAGUUUUAUUCCUCUGUAAACCUACAACUGAAUUUCAAGGUGCAAAAAAUAGAUAAUUUAAUUAAAAUUUUGUUGCCAUCAAACAGGACUAUACUGAGUUUACUUGGUAUAUAUUUCUGUUGUAAUUCUAUUCAUAUAAUGGGCAAAUGAGGCACAUAAAUCUGUAACUUAAGUUGUGAAAAAAUGAAGUAGCAGUAGCAGUUACUGGUACAGAUCAUGAUUGAUUCUGAAAGUCUGUGUGUUUUCCAAAGAGGAUAGUCCUGAUGCACCUGAAAUAUUGGAUGCUACAUGUAUUUCCACCUCAUUAGCAGAAAAGGAAUUUGCACAGUUGAUAAAUAGUUUAACAAAGGAUAAAGGAUGUGGUCAUGAGCCAUCUUAAGGUUUCAACUACAGUCUGAGUACUUCAACAGACGUUAUUGGUUCAAUGUUGCAAUCAUUAUUUUUUUCAUGAAAACAGUAAUAGAUUGUGGUUGAUCUGCCUGUCUGUGUUAAAUUUAGUUUCACAGUUAUGUUCAUAAAGUAGAUGAAGUUACAUGUACUGAAAUUUUUAUUUCAACCACAGAAUGUAACUUUUGUAGAUUGUAAAUCCAAGAGCAACUCCAUGUUAGAAUCUACUUUUCAAAGUUUUGAAUGCUAAAACUUGUAACAAUAUAACUUGAGCUCCUUGUAGGUGAGCCUUGUACUAAAUUGCAUAAGGCAAGAUAGCCUGUAUUGCAGGCAGAGUUGAUUGCCAGAGAAGUAAAUUUUGACUUUGUCUUCAAUACAGACUGAAGAUGGUGUGCUUUUUUGCUACUGUCAGUGUUUCCGAGGUAAAGCCCUUAAUGCCCAAGAUCUGUUUGUUAAUUCUCCCCUGUAACUGUAGUACAUUUCCUAAAUUAGUAAUGAGAAUUUGGUGUUUGAUAAAGAGAACAGCUUCUGCUUUAUAAGCAUUCUCAUUACCUGUGUGCUGGACAGUGUUGGAUGUUAAGUUUCAUGUUGAUUGCCACUGGAAGUUAGAGAGUUAAGAGAAAAGAGAGAUAUUGAUAGCUUUAACCCUUUCACUCCCACAAGUGACCAAGACAGAAUUUCUCCUUACAAUAUCAAUACAAUAUCAUGCAGGUAGGUGAUGAGAAUAGAGAAGAAUAUCAAUCAUGGGAUCAUUAGCUGAUCCAAUACCAAAUUCUCUAAACUAACAUCAUAAGAAUUGUAUGGUAGAUAGUAAGGAGAAUCACUAAUCAGAUCUUGGGAGUGAAAGGGUUAAAAGGAUGAUUUUCUUCUUUCCCAGUUGAAUGUCUAAAAUACAUUGUUAAAGAUUUGUAAAUUGCAUACUUAAAGCUUCCUUGUAAACAACUCUGUGACUUCUCUCAAUCUCUGAAACUCCUUGCUCAAAGAUGUGGACAAAGAGAUUGUGUGACUUUGUAGGAGCAUACUCAAGCUCAAGUUGUACUCUAAGUAUUUCAUGUGAACCAGUACAAAGGACUGUUUUGUAGAUGCAAACACUAGAGAGAACUAGUAACAAUAAAAACACUUCUAACUUGGCAA